GUUCACUCUCUAGCUUCUCCAAGACUCUGUGACGGCGGCCGAGAGUCCGUGACGGCGGACGACCACUAGAGCCUGCCAGUGUCGCUCUCUAGCGUCUCUCUGGCCAUCUAUCCAACAAUCAAAGGUCUUCUUCUAUCAAAAGCUGCCCUAAUUAAGUUUCUAUUAAUAAGUUAACAACAUAAGCAAUGGAAGAGAAUGUACUGGCAUCCAUACACUCCACUGUUUUUAAAGAAUCUGAAACUCUGGAAGGCAGAUGCAUCAAGAUUGAGGGUUAUGAUUUCAACCUGGGAGUUAACUAUCCUCAGCUUCUCAAAUCGAUGGUCUCCACCGGCUUUCAGGCUUCCAAUCUUGGAGAUGCAAUUGAAGUUGUUAAUCAGAUGCUUGAUUGGAGGCUUGCUGAUGAGAAUAUAACUGAAAACUGCAGCGAUGAGGAAAGGGACUCAGCCUAUAGAGACUCCGUGAGAUGCAAAGUUUUCCUGGGUUUUACUUCCAAUCUUAUUUCUUCUGGCGUUAGAGAUACAAUUUGCUAUCUUGUUCGGCAUCAUAUGGUUGAUGUAGUGGUUACAACAGCUGGUGGUAUAGAAGAGGAUCUUAUAAAGUGCCUUGCACCCACUUACAAAGGCGAUUUUUCGCUUCCUGGAGCUCAGCUGCGCUCAAAAGGAUUGAACCGUAUUGGGAACUUGUUGGUUCCUAAUGACAACUACUGCAAAUUUGAGGAUUGGAUCAUUCCAAUUUUUGACCAAAUGUUGAAAGAUCAAAUUGAGCAGAAUGUUUCAUGGACACCAUCCAAAGUAAUUGCUCGCCUGGGAAGAGAAAUAAAUAAUGAGAGUUCUUAUCUUUAUUGGGCGUACAAGAACAACAUUCCAGUAUUUUGUCCUGGGUUAACUGAUGGAUCUCUUGGUGACAUGCUUUAUUUUCACUCCUUCCGUAGUGAAGGUCUAAUUAUUGACAUAGUGCAAGAUAUUAGGGCCAUGAAUGGUGAAGCUGUCCAUGCAAGCCCAAAAAAAACUGGAAUGAUAAUUCUUGGUGGGGGGCUUCCUAAGCAUCACAUCUGCAAUGCCAACAUGAUGCGCAAUGGUGCAGAUUAUGCUGUCUUUGUUAAUACCGCACAAGAGUUUGAUGGGAGUGACUCUGGUGCCCAUCCUGACGAGGCUGUGUCCUGGGGAAAAAUACGCAGUUCUGCUAAAAUUGUCAAGGUACAUUGUGACGCAACUAUUGCAUUUCCUCUACUGGUUGCAGAAACAUUUGCGUCCAGGGCAAGGAGCAAGCCUUCAAGCCUUGACGCUUAGGUGUAAAUGUGUAAUACAAUCUUUUGGCAAUACUGAUCCAUUUAAUAGCUAAAUGCAAGAUUUUUCAAUCAAGAUGUUAA